UCUCCAACAUAAAGAAGAAGAAGUAAAAACCCAAAGAUCUGAGAGUUCUGAGAAGCCAAAAGAAAAAGAAAAAUCACAAUUUGAAGAGCUUCGAAGCUUGAAGAUGGGAAUAAGGUUCAUAUUGAUGGUGAACAAGCAAGGCCAGACUCGUCUGGCUCAGUACUACGAAUGGCUUACUCUCGAGGAGCGUCGAGCUCUCGAAGGCGAGAUCGUCCGUAAAUGUCUCGCUCGCAACGACCAACAGUGUUCAUUUGUCGAACAUCGCAACUACAAGAUAGUCUACAGACGAUACGCAUCUCUCUUCUUCAUGGUUGGGGUUGAUGACGACGAAAACGAGCUGGCGAUUCUAGAGUUUAUACAUCUUUUGGUCGAGACGAUGGACAAGCAUUUUGGAAAUGUGUGUGAGCUUGACAUAAUGUUCCAUCUAGAGAAAGCUCAUUUCAUGCUGGAGGAAAUGGUGAUGAAUGGUUGCAUUGUGGAGACAAGCAAAGCCAACAUACUUUCACCUAUACAACUUAUGGACAAAGCCCAUUAAUUUCUAAACACCUUGUUUCCAUUUCUGUUUUCACCACUCUGUUACACAACUUCUUCUUCUUGUAUUAUUUGUAUUAAAGAUGCUUCAAAAAAAAAAGAUAAUCUAAUUUUGUUUUAAGUAA